UCUCUCUGUGUGUAACAGAGAGAGGGAGAGAGAGAGCGAGGAAAGGAGAGGAGGAGGAGGAGGGGGGGAAGCUUUAAAUAAAGCCUUUGGAUUGCAGCUGCUUAUUUUGGGCAGUCCUACCAGGGACGAUUCCUGCCAGGAAAGAAGCUGGACCGGUCUUUUUUAUUUUGAUUUUGAUUUUUGGGGGUGGCGGUGGUGUAUUGCCGAGCCGCCUGCUGAGAUGAGCUCCGGUGCCUGGCCGUAGUUGCCCACUUUGGGAUCGCUGGACACAUAAGUGGCAUUUCGGUGGGGAAGCCUGCAGACAUGUGAGAAUGGCUGGACCAUUGCAGUGGUGCACUGAUUUUUGUGGAUGGUGAACACAAAAAGGGGACUGAGAAGACACCACCUGAGUUAUUCUGACACAUGACUUGAGUGCUUUCUAUUCUUAGACAAAUGAGGAUCUGAAUUAUUUCAGCUCGUGAAUCAAAAAGUGUAAUGAAGCCAGAGUCUUGCAAAACUCCUUUAGUAGCAUAAACGAAUGAAUAUAAUUGAGGUAGACUGAGAAUAACACAUGUCCAGGUUAAAACUGUAUCCUACAAGAAGUAUUUGAUGGAUUAUUCCUAGAUAUUUCUCAGAAGGUAAAUACAAAAAAUUAUUCCAUUCUGACCACUACACGGACGUCAUUAUUUUAAUGUUGGAUACUCAGACGAGAGUGCCAUGGAUGUAAAAGAAAGGAAACCGUAUCGGUCUCUGACUCGGCGCCGCGAUACCGAGCGCCGCUACACCAGUUCCUCAGCAGAGAGUGAGGACAGCAAGGUUCCCCAGAAGUCCUACAGCUCCAGCGAGACCCUGAAGGCUUAUGAUCAAGACUCCAGGUUGACCUACAGCAAUCGGGUCAAAGACAUGGUGCACCAGGAGGCUGAUGAAUUCUGCAGAGCAGGAGCCAACUUCUCCUUGAGAGAGCUGGGUCUUGAAGACGUGACUCCCACACAUGGGACUUUGUACCGGACUGAUAUCGGGCUGCCUCACUGCGGCUACUCCAUCAGCACCGGCUCGGAUGCCGACACGGAGGCAGACGUGGUUAUGUCACCCGAGCACCCCGUGAGGCUUUGGGGACGCAACACCAAGUCUGGGCGCAGCUCCUGCUUAUCGAGCCGGGCCAACUCCAACCUCACCCUCACCGACACAGAGCACGAGAAUACCGAAACUGGUCCCCCCUUGCCUUGUUCGUCCGCCUCCUCCACCCCCCCUGAGCACUCCCCUUCUCCCCCUCCCUCGCCGCCCGCCAAUGAAGGCCCCGGGCUGUUGCGGGGCAACGGCGCGGCCCAGCCGGCCGCGGACUCUGACUCUGAGGAAGAGUUUAUCCCAAAUUCCUUCUUAGUUAAAAGUGGCUCUGGAAACCUCUGUGUCGCCGCCAACGAUCAUCCUCCAAAUCUUCAAAACCAUUCGAGACUCAGAACUCCACCGCCUCCGAUAUCCCAUGCUCACACCCCAAAUCAACAUCACGCUGCCUCCAUCAAUUCCCUGAACAGAGGGAACUUCACUCCUCGCAGCAACCCGAGCCCAGCUCCCACAGACCACUCUCUUUCUGGAGAACAACCAGCCAGCACUCAAGAACCAGCCCAUGCUCAGGACAACUGGUUACUUAACAGCAACAUCCCACUGGAGACUAGAAACAUAGCAAAGCAGACAUUCCUAGAGACAUUGCAGGACAACCUCAUUGAGAUGGACAUUCUCACCUCCUCCCGACAUGACGGUGCUUACAAUGAUGGGCACUUCCUGUUUAAACCUGGAGGCACUUCUCCCCUUUUUUGUACCACGUCGCCGGGAUAUCCCCUGACGUCCAGCACUGUGUACUCACCUCCCCCUAGGCCCCUUCCUAGAAGUACCUUCUCUAGGCCUGCCUUUAACCUGAAGAAACCCUAUAAGUACUGUAACUGGAAAUGCGCAGCCCUGAGUGCCAUUGUCAUCUCAGUCACACUGGUGAUCCUCCUGGCGUAUUUCAUAGCCAUGCACCUGUUUGGCCUAAACUGGCACCUGCAGCCGAUGGAAGGGCAGAUGUAUGAAAUCACGGAAGACACGGCCAGCAGUUGGCCAGUGCCAACGGACGUCUCCUUAUAUCCUUCGGGGGGCACAGGGUUAGAGUUACCUGACAGGAAAGGCAAAGGAACCAGUGAAGGAAAGCCCAGUAGUUUCUUUCCAGACGACAGUUUUAUAGACUCUGGAGAAAUCGAUGUUGGCAGGCGAGCCACACAGAAGAUCCCUCCUGGUAUCUUUUGGAGAUCUCAGGUGUUCAUCGACCACCCAGUGCAUCUGAAAUUCAAUGUGUCCUUAGGAAAGGCCGCUCUGGUUGGCAUCUAUGGCAGAAAAGGCCUUCCACCAUCACAUACACAGUUUGACUUUGUCGAGCUCCUUGAUGGAAGACGCCUGCUAACGCAGGAGGCAAGAAGCCUAGAAGGACCUCAGCGGCAGCACAGAGCCUUUGUGCCCUUGUCCAGCCACGAGACGGGGUUUAUCCAGUAUUUGGAUUCAGGCAUAUGGCAUUUAGCCUUCUACAAUGAUGGCAAGGAGUCGGAAGUGGUUUCUUUUCUUACGACUGCUAUUGAAUCCGUGGAUAAUUGCCCCAGUAAUUGCUACGGGAAUGGAGACUGCGUGUCUGGGACCUGCCAUUGCUUCCUUGGCUUUCUGGGCCCUGACUGUGGCAGAGCGUCCUGCCCCGUGCUGUGCAGUGGAAAUGGGCAGUACAUGAAAGGGAGGUGCUUGUGCCACAGCGGCUGGAAAGGAGCAGAAUGUGAUGUCCCCACGAACCAGUGCAUCGACGUCACCUGCAACAACCACGGCACGUGCAUCAUGGGGACCUGCAUCUGCAACCCGGGAUACAAGGGCGAGAGCUGCGAGGAAGUGGAUUGCAUGGAUCCUACCUGCUCGGGACGAGGCGUGUGUGUGCGCGGAGAAUGCCACUGUUCAGUCGGCUGGGGAGGAACAAACUGUGAGACCCCACGAGCCACUUGUCUGGACCAAUGCUCUGGCCAUGGGACCUUCCUCCCCGACACUGGGCUCUGCAGCUGCGAUCCCAACUGGACCGGACACGAUUGCUCAAUCGAGAUUUGUGCAGCGGACUGCGGAGGACAUGGCAUUUGUGUCGGAGGCACCUGCCGCUGCGAGGAGGGAUGGAUGGGCACAGCCUGUGAUCAGCGAGCGUGUCACCCACGCUGCAAUGAGCACGGGACAUGCCGGGAUGGCAAGUGUGAAUGCAGCCCGGGCUGGAACGGAGAGCACUGCACUAUUGAGGGAUGCCCUGGCUUGUGCAACGGCAACGGCAGGUGCACUCUGGACAUGAACGGCUGGCACUGCGUCUGCCAGCUGGGCUGGCGAGGAGCGGGCUGUGACACCUCCAUGGAGACGGCGUGCGGCGACGGCAAGGACAACGACGGAGACGGCCUGGUGGAUUGCAUGGACCCAGACUGCUGCUUGCAGCCCCUGUGCCACGUCAACGCGCUGUGCCUGGGCUCCCCAGACCCCCUGGAUAUCAUCCAGGAGACACAAGCCCCCGUCUCCCAGCAGAGUUUGCAUUCAUUCUAUGAUCGGAUCAAGUUCCUGAUCGGCAAGGACAGCACUCACAUCAUCCCGGGAGACAAUCCCUUUGAAGGAGGACAUGCAUGUGUGAUUCGAGGCCAGGUGAUGACAGCAGACGGGACCCCUCUGGUUGGAGUCAACAUCAGCUUUGUCAACAAUCCUCUUUUUGGGUACACGAUCAGCAGACAGGACGGCAGCUUCGAUCUUGUUACCAUCGGCGGGAUCUCCAUUAUCCUGCACUUCGAGCGGGCUCCCUUCAUCACGCAGGAGCACACGCUGUGGCUGCCCUGGGAUCGCUUCUUCGUCAUGGAAACCAUCGUCAUGAGGCACGAGGAGAAUGAGAUCCCCAGCUGUGAUCUCAGUAACUUUGCUCGGCCCAACCCCGUGGUCUCGCCAUCCCCGCUGACAGCUUUUGCGAGUUCCUGCUCAGAGAAAGGCCCUAUCGUUCCUGAAAUCCAGGCUCUACAGGAGGAGAUUAACGUUUCCGGUAGUAAAAUAAAAGUGAGUUACCUGAGCAGUCGCACAGCUGGCUACAAAUCAGUCCUGAGGAUCAGCAUGACCCACCCCACCAUCCCCUUCAACCUCAUGAAAGUCCACCUCAUGGUGGCCGUCGAGGGGCGCCUCUUCAGAAAGUGGUUUGCAGCUGCUCCAGACCUGUCCUAUUAUUUCAUCUGGGAUAAGACAGACGUCUACAGCCAGAAGGUGUAUGGGCUUUCGGAAGCUUUUGUUUCAGUGGGUUAUGAGUAUGAAUCCUGUCCUGACUUGAUCCUGUGGGAGAAGAGGACGGCUGUGCUUCAAGGCUAUGAAAUUGACGCUUCCAAACUUGGAGGAUGGUCCCUGGACAAGCACCAUGCCCUCAACAUACAAAGUGGCAUCUUGCACAAAGGAAAUGGGGAAAACCAGUUUAUUUCCCAGCAGCCGCCUGUAAUUGGAAGUAUUAUGGGCAAUGGCCGUAGACGUAGCAUUUCUUGUCCAAGCUGCAAUGGGCUUGCAGAUGGGAACAAGCUCCUGGCUCCUGUUGCCCUAACAUGUGGGUCUGAUGGAAGUCUUUACGUCGGAGAUUUCAACUACAUCCGAAGAAUCUUUCCCUCUGGCAAUGUCACCAACAUACUGGAGUUAAGAAAUAAAGAUUUCAGACAUAGCCACAGCCCAGCUCAUAAGUAUUACUUGACCACAGAUCCAAUCACCGGCUCCAUCUACCUCUCUGACACCAACAGCCGACGUAUCUACAAAAUCAAGUCAACCACAUCAGUGAAGGACAUUGUGAAGAAUUCAGAGGUGUUGGCUGGAACCGGAGAUCAGUGCCUCCCGUUCGACGAUACCCGCUGCGGAGACGGAGGCAAAGGCACCGACGCUACCCUUACAAAUCCCAGGGGCAUCACUGUGGACAAGUUUGGGCUGAUUUACUUUGUGGAUGGCACAAUGAUCAGGCGGAUUGAUCAGAAUGGGAUCAUCUCAACAGUGCUGGGUUCCAAUGACUUGACAUCUGCUCGGCCUCUCAGCUGUGACUCUGUCAUGGACAUUUCUCAGGUUCGUCUCGAAUGGCCCACAGAUCUGGCAGUCAACCCGAUGGAUAAUUCGCUCUACGUGCUCGACAACAACGUUGUGUUGCAGAUUUCUGAGAACCACCAAGUGCGCAUAGUGGCGGGGAGGCCCAUGCACUGCCAGGUGCCGGGGAUGGAUCACUUUCUUCUGAGCAAGGUGGCAAUCCACGCCACCCUGGAGUCUGCUACCGCCCUGGCCGUCUCCCAUAACGGGGUGUUGUACAUUGCUGAAACCGAUGAGAAAAAGAUCAACCGCAUCAGGCAGGUCACCACCAACGGAGAGAUUUCUCUCGUGGCUGGUGCACCCAGCAGCUGUGACUGCAAGAACGACGCUAACUGUGACUGCUUCUCGGGGGACGAUGGCUAUGCCAAGGAUGCCAAGCUCAACGCGCCGUCCUCCCUUGCAGUGUGUGCAGACGGGGAGCUGUACGUCGCCGACCUUGGAAACAUCCGAAUACGCUUUAUUCGGAAGAACAAACCAUUCCUCAACACGCAAAAUAUGUAUGAGUUAUCCUCGCCCAUAGACCAGGAACUCUACUUGUUUGACACCAGUGGUAAGCACCUUUAUACUCAGAGCCUUACCACCGGAGAUUAUCUUUACAAUUUUACUUACUCUGGGGAUGGAGAUAUAACCCUGAUCACUGACAACAACGGCAACUUAGUCAACAUCCGGAGAGAUUCCACGGGGAUGCCCCUCUGGCUGGUCGUGCCUGAUGGCCAAGUCUACUGGGUGACAAUCGGUACCAACAGCGCUCUCAAGAGUGUAACCACGCAGGGGCAUGAAGUGGCCAUGAUGACUUACCACGGCAACUCUGGUCUCCUUGCCACCAAAAGCAAUGAAAAUGGCUGGACAACAUUUUAUGAGUACGACAGCUUCGGCCGCCUGACCAACGUCACCUUCCCCACUGGCCAAGUGAGCAGCUUCCGCAGCGACACCGACAGCUCCGUGCACGUCCAGGUGGAAACCUCCAGCAAGGACGACGUGACAAUAACGACCAACUUGUCGGCGUCAGGAGCCUUCUACACCCUGCUCCAAGAUCAAGUCCGAAACAGCUACUACAUCGGCGCCGACGGCUCUCUCAGGCUGAUGCUUGCCAAUGGCAUGGAGGUGGCCCUGCAGACCGAGCCACAUCUGCUGGCCGGCACCGUCAACCCCACGGUGGGCAAGAGGAACGUCACCCUGCCCAUCGACAACGGCCUCAACCUCGUGGAGUGGAGGCAGAGGAAGGAGCAAGCGAGAGGGCAGGUCACCGUCUUCGGACGUCGGCUGAGGGUCCACAACAGAAACCUGCUGUCCCUCGACUUCGAUCGUGUGACAAGAACAGAGAAGAUCUAUGAUGAUCACCGCAAGUUCACGCUCCGCAUCCUCUACGACCAGGCGGGGAGGCCCAGCCUCUGGUCACCCAGCAGCAGAUUGAAUGGGGUCAACGUCACCUAUUCCCCAGGAGGACACAUCGCGGGGAUCCAGCGGGGCACAAUGUCAGAGAGGAUGGAGUAUGAUCAGUCUGGCAGGAUUACAUCCAGGAUCUUUGCUGAUGGCAAAUCUUGGAGCUACACUUACCUGGAGAAGUCCAUGGUGCUGCUCCUUCACAGCCAGAGGCAGUACAUCUUCGAGUUUGAUAAGAAUGACCGGUUGUCGUCUGUGACCAUGCCCAAUGUUGCCCGGCAGACUUUAGAAACCAUCCGUUCCAUCGGCUACUACAGGAACAUCUACCGACCCCCAGAAGGCAACGCCUCAGUAAUUCAGGAUUUCACAGAGGAUGAGCAGCUGCUCCACACUUUGUACUUGGGGACAGGGAGACGUGUCAUCUACAAGUAUGGAAAGUUGUCCAAGUUGGCGGAGAUGCUCUACGACACCACAAAGAUCAGUUUCACCUAUGAUGAAACUGCUGGCAUGCUGAAGACGAUAAACUUGCAGAAUGAAGGGUUCACGUGUACGAUCAGGUACAGACAGAUAGGGCCCCUCAUUGACCGGCAGAUUUUCCGCUUCACUGAGGAAGGCAUGGUGAAUGCACGCUUUGACUAUAAUUAUGACAACAGCUUUCGGGUGACCAGCAUGCAAGCAGUCAUCAACGAGACACCUUUACCUAUCGAUCUCUACAGGUACGAUGACGUAUCAGGCAAAACUGAGCAAUUUGGUAAAUUCGGAGUCAUUUACUAUGACAUCAACCAGAUUAUCACCACCGCUGUCAUGACUCACACCAAACAUUUCGAUGCCUAUGGCAGGAUGAAGGAGGUCCAGUACGAGAUAUUUCGGUCGCUCAUGUACUGGAUGACCGUGCAGUACGACAACAUGGGGAGAGUUGUAAAGAAAGAGUUGAAGGUUGGCCCUUAUGCAAACACCACCAGGUACUCCUAUGAGUAUGAUGCCGAUGGCCAGCUGCAGACAGUGUCUAUCAACGACAAACCACUCUGGCGUUACAGCUAUGACCUAAAUGGAAACCUCCAUUUGCUGAGUCCGGGGAAUAGCGCCCGCCUUACCCCACUCAGGUACGACCUCAGGGAUAGGAUUACUAGACUGGGGGAUGUGCAGUACAAAAUGGACGAGGAUGGCUUCCUGAAGCAAAGAGGCAAUGAUAUUUUUGAAUACAAUUCAGCUGGCCUGCUCAUCAAAGCCUACAACAAAGCUAGUGGGUGGAGCGUGAAAUACCGCUACGAUGGCCUAGGAAGGAGAGUUUCUAGCAAAACCAGCCAUGGCCACCACUUGCAGUUCUUCUACGCAGACCUGACCAACCCAACCAAGGUCACCCAUCUGUACAACCACUCGAGCUCCGAGAUCACGUCCCUCUAUUAUGACCUCCAAGGCCACCUCUUUGCAAUGGAGCUCAGCAGCGGCGAUGAAUUCUACAUAGCCUGCGAUAACAUCGGCACUCCUCUGGCUGUCUUCAGUGGGACUGGCUUAAUGAUUAAACAGAUAUUAUACACAGCAUAUGGGGAGAUCUAUAUGGACACCAAUCCCAACUUCCAGAUCAUCAUCGGCUACCACGGAGGACUGUACGACCCCCUCACAAAGCUUAUCCACAUGGGACGGAGAGACUACGAUGUGCUAGCAGGUCGAUGGACGAGUCCGGACCAUGAUAUGUGGAAGCACCUGAGCAGCAAUAACAUAAUGCCUUUCAACCUGUAUAUGUUCAAAAACAACAACCCCAUUAGCAACUCUCAGGAUAUCAAAUGUUAUAUGACAGAUGUCAACAGUUGGCUCCUCACCUUUGGGUUCCAGCUACACAACGUCAUCCCCGGCUACCCCAAGCCAGACAUGGACGCCAUGGAGCCAUCCUAUGAGCUUAUCCACACGCAGAUGAAAACCCAAGAAUGGGACAACAGCAAGUCAAUUUUGGGGGUCCAAUGUGAAGUGCAGAAGCAGCUGAAGGCCUUUGUCACCCUUGAGCGCUUUGAACGGAUCUACAGCUCCAGCAUCGCCGGGUGCCGGCACGUCAAGAAGAACAAGAACUUUGCCUCCGGAGGCUCCAUCUUCGGCAAAGGCGUCAAGUUCGCCAUGAAGGACGGGCGUGUGGCCACCGACAUUAUCAGUGUGGCCAACGAGGAUGGGCGGAGGAUCGCAGCCAUCCUGAACAACGCCCAUUACCUGGAGAACUUGCACUUCACCAUCGACGGGGUGGACACGCACUACUUCAUCAAGCAAGGGCCGUCGGAGGGCGACCUGUCCAUCUUGGGCCUCAGCGGCGGGCGGAGGACCCUGGAGAACGGCGUGAACGUCACGGUGUCCCAGAUCAACACAGUGCUGGGUGGAAGGACUAGACGUUACACGGACAUCCAGCUCCAGUACGGCGCGCUGUGCCUGAACACUCGCUACGGGACCACCUUGGACGAGGAGAAGGCCCGCGUCCUGGAGCUGGCCCGCCAGCGCGCCGUCGCCCAAGCUUGGGCCCGAGAACAGCAGAGACUGCGGGAUGGGGAGGAGGGUAUUCGCUCGUGGACAGAAGGGGAGAAGCAACAAGUGCUAAACACAGGCCGGGUACAGGGCUACGACGGCUAUUUUGUGAUCUCAGUGGAGCAGUACCCAGAACUCUCAGACAGCGCCAACAACAUCCACUUCAUGAGACAGAGCGAGAUGGGCAGAAGGUGACAGAGAGGGUCCAUACGGUGACUUCUUGCCAAAGACAGCUACUCUUUUGUGGCCACUUACCUGACUGUGUUGUACUCAAUCCUUUUUCUAAACUGAACAAGGUGGGGGGGAGGAAAAUAGAAAGAGAAGGAAUAAUAUGGUUGCACUGUAACUCAUGCAACAUCCUUUUUUUCCCCUUUAAUUUGGCCUUCACACGUUUUUUGCAAUGAACAGAAGGUAUAUUUUGCCGUAGUGUGAUCACAGUGACAUUUACUGUCUCUUGUCCUUUUUUUUUUUCCCCUUUGUGAGGAAUUUGAAGUGGGGAGUCGUCAACGUACGUCCGUAGGUGUGAAGUGCGAAAUGGGUGUCUGUGCUAACUUGUGUCAUCCUAACCCUUUCUGGUUUGGGGCAGGGACAGAUAGCCUUCCACCCAAAAAAUGGGGAGCCCACGGCGUGCCUGGAGAGCUCUUCCUGGGAAGAAAGGAAAAGGAAGACGACACUGAUUCCUUAACGCCGAAAGCGACCGACCGUCCGAAUCAUGUGCCUCAAAAGAGACCUUACAAGUAGUUUUCACGUUUCACUUGGGACUUAAAGUGUUUUUUGGGGGCUCCUGCUGAGCAGAAGUAGAUUAUAGAGGCAAAGGAGCUGAUUAUAUUAACUUGCAAGAUGAUUCUCUUCCUUCCUGAACUGGAAUAAAAAAAGAAAAAAAAUCAGUCUUUUUUCAUUAUGAGAGUAGAUACUUUUUGUUUGUUUUUGUGUGUGUGCGCAAAUCCUGGUUUUAGUUAAAACCUAGCAAAAGCCAAGAAAGGGACUCCUGCUCUAUUGAGAAAAGCUAAAAUAAAUUCUCUCUCUCAUACGUAGAGCUGUUCUAUAGGUGGAUUUAAUGCACCCAUGUUGUACAUUUGCUAAUGGCAUAACUUCAUUAAAUGUAUAGUGUUUCAGUACACGAGGCUACGUGUUUAACAGUCCACUGUGCUGUAUCUGAUAAAACCAGUUAAUUUUUAGGAAGCUGAUUUGAAUUUAAAAGUAGUUAUAGUAUCCCAGUGACAUACCACUGAAAAUUAGAGCAAGCCAAACCCUGCUUUUCCUGAUUCUGGAGCUUGUAUUUAUUGGCUGGGAAACGCAGUUUUGAGUAGCAUGCUGGCAAGUCAUUUAUGACUAUGGCAGAUAAAUGUCUCUAGGGGACUUUGGCAGCAGGGAUUUUAAAAUGUUUAAUAAGUAGCAACAGCUUGUGCGUGGUGGGACAAGAAGGAGAAUAUUGGAAUCAACCCUCUCACUGUUUCUUACACGAGCUUGAAUUUAACGGAGAGCCCAGUUGACUGUUAGCAGUGAAGAAAGGGAAGCUUGGCUAGAAAUGCCCACUACAGAGGGGACCAAGUGCUUUAAUAAGAAACUGCUGACAGAGUUACAUGGCAUGCUAAUGUAAUUUGUAUUCACAUAACCUCUGUGCUCUGGAAGUGUCCUUGAAAUUCAAGGGAACAAGGAGAUGAGAUGAGCAUCCUCUUCCCUGCCUGAAGCAGCCCCGUGGUAGCAAGGGGCCGUUCCUGCAGGCUGAGGCAUCACCCCGCUGGCCAGCCCUGGUCCCAAACAGGCAUCUCACACUGACACGUGCACAUAUCCUGACUCUAAGAGCUCUCACCGUGUCUCUCUGAGAACAUCUCGGUCCUGAUUUAUUUUUUUUCCCCCCAUCCGCUUCACUUUAUGCUGCCUGGUUCUGCAGAGAGAUAACCCGAGAUGUGCAAAUCCAUGCCAAGGCUGUUCCUUCACUCAGUGCCCUACCUGCAAUGCACCCCUGAGCCAGCCCACCACCGCUGGCAUCCUCCAACACAUCCCGAUAUUCCUCUGCAGGCUCCAGCCCCCAAAACAAGGCAUGUUGGGCACAUGCUCCUCGAGCAGCAAAGUUUUGGCAGCCCCGGUGCUAUCGCGGUUUCCCCGUAGAUGCCGGCUGCCAGCUCUGCCUGCCUUGCCUCUCUGUUCCCGGGUGCUUGCCUGGAGGGAGGUAUGGGAUGGAAAUUCCCCCAGCAGACUGCUCCUCCUUCAGUUCCCAAUCCUUCGGGCUGCACGGCCGUAAUUUCGGCAGCUGCAGAGCCCCAGGGCUGACCCACCUUGGGGCCACCCACCGGUACAGCCCUGAAUUCCUGGCGGUCCCUCCUGCUUGCAGCAAGGAUGACGUUGCUGCUGCUGUAACCAGCACUGUGUUCCCCACCACCCCUUGCAGCAUGCAACCUUUAGAGCUUUGGCAGGCGUGAAUCGCAGGCAGCUGGGCUGGAAAGGGCAUCGGGCUCCGGCAGAGCCAGCUGGGAGGAGCUGCAGAGCCUGGGCCAGCUCAAGUCCUUGGCAAAGGAGCGGUGGUUUUGGGCAGCCGCCUGCCAGGGAUGGUGGAAAGGCCGUGGCAUCACUGCCUGUGUCACUGGUAUCCAACUCUUGGCAAGCCUCGGUUGUCCUGAGGAUGCUCUGGUGGGGACUGGGGCAGUGUUAGCCAAGCCAGCAGCUGCCACCUACUUGGAGGAGGCAGCAUCACCUUUCCAGGGCUCCCCAGUUCCCCCUCCCUGGGGUACACCACGAACAGAUCCCCCCCUACCAGCUCCUCAACCAGGUGGACCAAAAAAAGAUAAAUAAAAUAUGGGAAGCUGGGAGGAAAGGCGUAAACACAUGUUGAAGACCUGUGGCAUGGAGAGAGCUCGGCGUGCAUCCCAUCAUCCAGGUAGCUCCGGCGAGAAGCGACGCUUCCAUCCCCAUCCCCAUCCGCGUGUUGCAGGAGGAGCAGAGCAAGAGCAAGCCACGCAGCCACGGAAAGAGACUCGAGCGUGAAACAUUCCUGCUGGAACCCUGCCAGCCUGAGACGGCACCUCUACAGCCUUACAGACCCUUCAGGUUAUUACACGAGCUGGUGACUUGGAGGAGCUCUCCCAGUUUUCAAGAGUCUCACGGUCCCUGGAGCCGGGAGCCGUCCUGCUCCGCACCACGGGGUGCACCUCUCUGCAUCCUCCAGCACCCGUAGGGUGCGACUGCCCACCAGCAACAUGAAGGUCUUCUCCUGGACCUGCGUCCUGUGCAGAAACUGUGGACAAUAUCUCAAAAAUAAAAGGAAAAAAUAUAUAUAUGUAAGGGUAUAUACAUAUAUAUCUGUGAUGCUCAUUUCCUUAUCGAAGCCUUUAACCAAAAAAAAAGGGAUGGCCAUCCGGUGAUGGAUACAAACCUGCCUGAAGAUGUCUGCUAUGUUUUCUGGACAUGGUUCUGGGCCCCCUGCUCCUAGUGGCCCUGUUUGAGCAGGGAGGUUGGACCAGAUGACCUCCAGAGGUCCCCUCCAACCUCAACCCUCCUGUGAUUCUGUGAUUCUGUUCCUGAAACUUCAGCCUCUGUGAAAGCUUCACCCCUUCCACUUGACUUGGGUGGUGAAACUGGAAACAAACAUUUUCAGCCUUGAACCCCUGCAUUUCCCUGUCCAUUAAUGGAAAGUCCUUUUUCUAGGGGACCCUGUUGUGUUUUCCCAUGGAAUUUAAGGGAUGAGGCUGAUGGCACAAAGAGGGCUGAGCCAUGCCCUGCCAAGCAAGGGGCUGCUCUCAGCUGUUCCCCAAGCAUUUCCACUCAACUCCUGGCCCCGUAGCCAUUUCCCAGCACUUGUGCAACCCUGAUUGUCUCCCUGCAGGACCACAUGGUGGCUCCCCAACCCUUCAUGCUUUGCCUGUGGGCAGCGGGACAGCAGUUCCUCAUUUCUGGAAGGCUGGGAGGUCCUGGGCACCACUCCCACCACGCUAACCCCGUUUAUCCCACCUCUGGAUGUGCUUCUGGAAGCCAGUCAAGUGUGUGACCAUGGCUGUGGAGAGUGUCACCAUGGCCUUGGGCACAUUCAUGGCUCAACUUCGAGAUCUUCUGGAUUCCCCAAAGCGCAUCCCUUCAAAAUGCAAAGGAUUGGAUUAAAUUCCCUUGAACUCCUGGGCUUGUCUCCAGCUGGAAGGGUUGGGUGAAGGGUUAGGACCAAGCUCAGUUUGGAGGAGAAACUCCAGCAUCCCUGACCGCUGGAUCCCAGUGUGAGCUGUGGGUGAGGAGACAGCUUCAGCCCUCCAUAAAUGCUGCUGGGACCAAAACAUCCUUCAUUUGAAGAAACCCAGACACAAGCUGGUGCCAUGGGGGCUCCGCAUCUCAGGAUCAUCCCGCGUGCUCAGCCUGAGUGAAGAGGACCAAAACUAAUUUGGCAUCACGAGAAAUGCCCCAGUGUUUGUUACCUCCGAGCUCUUAAUUAUUUUUUUUUUAUCCCUUUCUGCUGAAAAUUGGAGCUCGGAAAAAUCAUUGAGCGGCAGUGACCGGAGGGAACCACGCAGCUCAUCAUAUCUGUGUCGGCACGGCUAUUGAUCAGAGCCACGACGAAUCGGAACGAUACCAGGCGAGAGCUGAUGAGACAAAGGUUGUUCAGAGCCCGGUGCUUGGUUCGGGUCUGAAAACCACGGAUGAUUGGGAGCCGGCUCCGAGCCCCCAUCUGGCUGCACGUUAGGAGCAGUGAGGGAUUUCUGUAAUAUAUCUGUAGUUGCUUUAUUGAGCGUAGGGAACCGGGUGAGAUUCUGCUCAGUCUAUUAUACGGGGAGUGUAACCAGAAUAAAUCAAAAUUGUUUAAAAAAAAAUAUCCACA